AUGCGCCUGCAGCGGGUGGUCGCGACGCGCUGGCGGCUGUUGCAGCGCCCCCCUCUGCGCUGCAGCGUCGCAGCGGCCCCGAGCUUCUCGACCAAGUCCAUGGCUUCGUUCUCUGAGGUUCUGUAUGGCCAGGACACGGGCGUGCGCACCGUGGAGUUCAAUCGACCGGAGAAGCUGAAUGCGCUGACGCUGUCGAUGACGCAGCACUUGACGCAGCGACUGCAGACGAUUGAGGCCAAUGCGACAGUGAACGCAGUUGUGUUAUCGGGAAAAGGGGGGAAAGCGUUCUGUGCUGGGGGCGACAUUCGCGCGCUGGCCGACAAUGGCAAAGACCCGGCGACGCGCCACCUGGCGCUCGACUUUUUCCGCAACGAGUACCGUCUGAAUUACCUCUUGGCGACGACCGAGAAGCCCAUUAUCUCGUUCCUCAAUGGAGUCACCAUGGGCGGAGGUGUGGGGCUGUCCAUGCACGGCAAGUUUGUGGUAGCGACCGAGAAGACGCUGUUUGCCAUGCCGGAGACGGCCAUUGGUUUUUUCCCCGAUGUGGGGGCCUCGUACCUGCUCCCGCGACUCGGACGUCGUCUCAGUGAAGGGCAAGACUACGUUGCUGAUGUGCCCAAGUCACAGGCUUUCAAAGGCCAGGGCCUAGGAACUUACCUUGCGCUGACAGGCGAGCGUCUCAAGGGUCAUGAGGUGAUUGGCCUGGGACUUGCCACACACUACCUGCCGACGAGCGAGUACGAGACGUUAGUGCACCAUCUAACAGGUCUAGAGUUUGCCAAAGACGUGACUCAGGAGGAGCGUGAUGAGAUUAUUCACGAGGCUCUGGAGGAGCUCGAGACAGACGAGGCUUUCCAGGAGAUUGACCCUGAGUAUCUCGAGACGAUUGAAUCCGUGUUUGGCGCUUUGAACGAGGACGACACCAUGGAAGGCAUCUAUGAGCGCCUGGAGAAAAUGAAUACGGAGUGGUCGAGUGGCACUCUGGCCACGCUCAAGAAGAUGUCGCCACUUAGCUUGAAGGUGACGUUGGAGCAGAUGCGACAGGGUGCGAUGAAGACGUACGCGGAGUGCUUCCAAAUGGAGUACCGAAUGGCGACGCGCAUGAUGGAGAAUCCGGACUUCUUUGAAGGUGUUCGCUCGGUGGUCGUGGACAAGGACCACAACCCCAAGUGGACGAAGCGCGAUGUCACCAAAGUGACGACGAAGGAGGUGGGGGCGUUCUUCGAGCCUCUGGACAAGGACCAGGAGCUCAUUUUGUACCCAUCUGCCACGGCAGCAACGGUGAAGGAGGACUAG